AUGUGCAUCCGCGAGAUAAUAUACUGUACUGCCUGCGAGCAAACCGAGACUUUGAAGUGGGUAUAUUGCCCAUCAUAUUUGGGACUGACUACUUCGACGACCUUCCACCCAUCACCAUUGGUGAUCAAUGGGGAAAUGAGAACUACUGUGAGUGGCACGUUCAAUCCUGAGACUUGUCCGAAUCCAGAAUGCCCUAGCAAGAAGGAAGCCCCGAAGGAGGAAACCAAGGAGGCGAAGGAUAAAAUAAUAGAGAAACAACCUGAAGGUGACAAGUCGAAUGAGGAGGAGCAUGGAAAAGUAACAGAGGCGUAA